AUGUCAAUUCUCAAGCCUUCCACUGUAGACAGAGGGUUCAUCUUAGCUCCACCUGCCCUGAAGAAUCCUUUCACAUCGGAUGAGUCGUACCAACGAGUUCUCGAAUGGUAUCUCCCUGGGGACGUGCUCGACACUGUCAAACACCGUCUCACCAUAUUUGCCGAGGAGGCAAUCUCACCAAGGAUCAACGAAUUGAUAUCCAAUGCGGAAUCACAGCAUCCUGUGAUAGCGCUCGGCUACGAAGAGGAAUUUCAACAGUACCGGAGGCUCGUUCAACAUGCAUUUAACUAUACAUUUUCCGCGUCGUCGGCAGUCUACUCGUGUCCAGUUUCGAUGACUAGCGGAGCAGCACGACUCGUAUCCAAGCAGUUGAGUUCUGUGCCUGCUGAUCACCCCUUUCAUGAAAUUUAUCGUCGUCUCACCGCACGGGAAGGAAAUUGGAUCUCAUCUCAGUGGAUGACAGAGAGACCAGGUGGCAGCGAUGUACAGAAAUCUGAGACAAUCGCCAUAUUCUCUCCCUUGCAACACAAGACAGGACGCUACGGGAGCAUUGAAGAGGGAGACUACCUCGUGUCCGGAUUUAAAUUCUUUUCGUCAGCCACGGACUGCAACAUGGCUCUUAUUCUGGCUAAAACAGAAUCUAGACAACUGAGUCUCUUUGUCGCGCCAACAAGGAAGACAGUGGUUAUUGAGGGGAAAAGGCAACAGGUCACAAAUGGUAUCCGCAUUCAUCGCCUCAAAACCAAGAUGGGCACCAAAGAGCUUCCAACCGCCGAGUUGGAGCUCAAAAACGUGAGAGCGCAUCUUAUAGGUCCUGUGGAUCGCGGAAUCGCGACCAUUGCGCUACUUCUGAAUGUCACUCGAACUCAUAACUUUAUCACCGCUCUGUCUUGUUGGCGUAGGGGUAUGGCUAUUGCUAAGAGCUUUGCCAAGGUCCGAACCACAAUCGACCAGCCCCUGUGGACGUUUCCAAUGCACCUCCGAAUGUUAGCAAAUAUGGAAGUGAAGCACAGAGGUGCACUCCAACUCGCCUUCUUCACCACCGCAUUGCUGAGUUUUUCUGAUCAUGGCUUUCCCCCAGAACAUGUUCAACGAAAAGGCUACGUGCCCCUUCCAGCUCCAGGGGAACAGACAGAUAUUAUCCUGAGGACUCUAACCGCGACGGCCAAGGCUGUGAUCUGCAAGACCGGCACUCUUGCCCUGCAGGAGUGCCAGGAGGCUAUGGGCGGUGUCGGAUAUUUGGAUGAGCCAGACGAGCCAGAAUACAAUAUCUCGCGUCUCAUGCGCGACACCGCAGCCAAUAUGACGUGGGAGGGAACCACAAAUGUCUUAAGUAGUGAGGUGGUAAGACAUCUUGUGAACAAGAAUGGCCGGCACCUUUCUGUUUUCGGUUCAUGGAUGGAGCAUGCCAUUUCACAAGUUGAAGAUGCUGAGUUGAGGCGAAAGCUGGAAGGGGCGUGGGCUGAAUAUUACAAGCUGCUGGACGGAAAGCGGGAUGACCUGGUUUCUGCUCUCGCCAUGGGCCGACAUUUCAUGUUCACCCUCGCAUGGCUUGUAGCUGGCACCCUCCUUGCUCUUGAUGCACAGAGGGAUACAAAUGCGAUCGCCACGGAGAUUGCGCGACGAUGGAUCCUCGAGGCCGAAGGAAAUAUAGGGGAUUUUCAUCUUUCGAGCAUUGUCAUGUGGUCAAGCCGUGUACUGCCCAUCGGUGACAGGGACAAGAUCAACUGGGACUGUCGGAUAGUCUGGGGUGUUGACCUACCUGACGAUUCUGCAACUGGGUAUCGGCUAGCAGGUGGCAAGGUGACCCGAUCUAAGCUAUAG